UCUCCAAGCUUCACUUAUUCUCUGUGCUACUAUUAAACCCCCAGUCGUCACAUUUUACAGACAAACUCGUCUUCUGAAAGAGAAAGAGAAGAAGAAGAAGAACAACAACAAAAACGCAACAUGGCUACCGCUGAUAAGCCAGUGAUGGUGGUUGGAAUCGACGACAGCGAACAGAGCCACUACGCUCUGGAGUGGAUUCUUGACCACUUCUUCGCUCCCUACGCUUCGAAUCCGCCGUUCAAGCUCGUCAUCGUCCACGCCAAGCCCACGCCCACCUCCGCCGUGGGUCUCGCCGGCCCUGGUGCGGCGGAGGUUUUGCCGUUUGUGGACACGGAUCUCAGGAGGAUCGCCGCACGAGUUGUAGAGAAGGCUAAGGAAAUUUGCGCCAGGAAAUCGGUAAAUGUGUUUCUUGCAGAGGUUGUAGAAGGAGAUGCUAGGAACGUUCUCUGCGAGGCUGUCGAUAAACACCAUGCAUCCGCCUUGGUUGUGGGUAGCCAUGGUUAUGGAGCUAUAAAGAGGGCGGUUUUGGGCAGUGUAAGUGACUAUUGUGCUCAUCAUGCUCACUGCUCCGUGAUGAUCGUGAAAAGGCCUAAAAUCAAACACUGAAGGCUUUCAAAUAAGCAAGACUAUUAUAGUCUAUAGAGCUUGAACUGGUGAAGAUGUGAUACAAUAAAUAAAAUUUGUAAUCCACAAUUUGAAAUGUUCUUAUCUUUAAGGUUUUAGCUGCUUGCUACAGACAGUGUACAUGUGUUUUACAUACAUGAACUCGCUUCUAUGUACACAAUAAAUUGAUGUUUGCGUAAGAAGAUCGACCGGUAAAUCGUGGUUUACAGGGAGGUCUUUUGCUAUGGAAAGCACACAGGUUAACAAC